CCAUGAAAAUGAAAACAACAGUGAACAGAGUGUCAUUGUCGAAAUCUUAAGUUACUGAAUGUUAUUAUGUUACUUGAUUGUUAAUUGAAAACCAUGUUUUUCAUUUGAGUCAACAUAAUGUCGAGUCAAAUGUCUGCGAUGCGAUUCGCAGACUAUUUCGUUGUGUGUGGACUGGAUACAACGACGGGGUUAGAACCAGAUCAGUUGGCAGGAGAUAACUUACAGUGUCCACCACUUGACCGUCCAUUUAAAUCAAAAGUAUUACAACAUGUUCCAGACAACGUUCCUUGGAAUCCAUUCGAUAAUGCAGCAGUCGGAAUGCUCUGCAUGCCACAAGGCCUCAGCUUUUGCACCCAGAGGGAAUCAAAACGAGCAAGAUUUCACUCCUUCUUGAUAACGAAGGAAGAUGGAUCUCGAAUAUUUGGAUCGGCCUUGACCUUUUUUGAAGAGGUCAGGGACAGAAAGAUAUGCGCUGCCAUGCAGACCCUGCAACACAUGUAUCGAGCACAACCAGAAGAGGAAGUGGAGGAAGAGAACCAGUCAACUCUACAACUACGGCACAGUCCAAAAGUCACUAAACGAUCUAGUCCCAGACAGAGCAUAAAAGUCUUUGAUUCACAAACUGACAUGCUUUUUGUAACCAAAUGUCUUUGUCUCAUUACCCAGUAUCCAUUUGUUACAGCCCCUAGGGAAUAUCUAAAACAGCUGUAUGAAGCCAUAGAGAAACCAUCUAAGUCACAUCUGCCGUUAGAGAGUUAUAUUUAUAACAUUCUGACAGAGGUCCCUCUCCCACCCCCGGGACGAAGCAUGAAGUUUUAUGGUGUCUAUAGGGCUGUGUUUACUCAGAGACCAAGUGUGAGUGAGCUCCCUUUGUUUGACUUCUCUCUGUGGGACCUGUGUCGAUACCUAGAAGUUAAAGAUCUCAUUCUACUCUUCACCAGCGUUCUCCUAGAGCAUCAAAUUCUUCUGUAUUCAUCUGACUACCACAGACUUAUGACCUUGGCAGAGUGUAUCAAUGUACUAACCUUCCCUUUCACCUGGCAACAUGUCUACGUCCCUAUACUGCCUGCCUCUCUCACUCACUUUUUGGAUGCCCCUGUACCGUUCAUCAUGGGAUUACAUCAUGGCAGGGAAAAGAGAUCUGAGCUAGCUCUGCCAAGCGAGGCAAAUAUGUGUUUUGUGGACAUUGAUGAGAAGACUGUAGAUGUACCAGAAGAUUUACCUCCCUUUCCACACCACCAGGAACUCAAAGAGGAACUUGUAAGGGCAAUCAAUCUAUACAAAGUUUCUCUGGGUAGAGAUAGCAGCAAAACCCCCAGUCCCAAAAAGACUGGCAGCAACAAAGAAGAAACCUCCAUAACCCGUAACGAAAGCUGGGUGGACAUGCCAGAAAAAAUGGAAAUUUUAAAGCAGAGUGAAGCUUUUGCAAAAAUAUCAGCCAUUGCAAAGAAAACUGGUGUGUGGACCUCCAUCGAAGAAUUUUCUGACAAGUCCGAAAAAGAAAAAGAUGUAGAAGUGAAAGAUUCCUCUUCCAUGGGUCAAAGACAAAUAGACCAUUUGAAGUUCAACAACAUGAUCCGAGAGAUAUUUCUCAACCAUUUCCUGCAUUUAUUCAGCUCCUAUGAGAAAUUUGUCAUCCAGCCAACUCAGGACAUGGACUCGUGGCUGACGAACCGAGAAAUCAUGCAGAAUUUUGACAAGGCUGCCUUCCUAAGUGACCAGCCAGAGGGUUAUCUCCCUUUCAUGUCCUCGUUUACAGAGACCCAGAUGUUUGCAACACUCAUUGAUAACAAGAUUUUAUCUCACUUCGAGGAGACGGAGCCUGGGUUGCGAGUGUUUGAUUCCAGAUUGAAGAUCCUCAGGGAGAGAUUAGGAGAACAUAUAACUCACACAUACAGUCCUUGUACUACUAUUGAAGAUACAGAAAACAUGCUGGAGAAGAGAGUGGUAUACAUUGAUGUGGUCUCCCCGAAGCCUCACACCCUGGAAAACCUCACUAGUCCUGCUUCCAUUGAGAUGGGCUUCUUCCCCGAGAUUCAAAAAGACGUCAUGAAUGUUCAGAUUAGUCAACAGUCAAUAAAAAAGGAAGGUGCCAUGUUGAGAAAGAGGGACAAAGCUUUUCAACAUUCUGAACACAUACAACUAACAUCAGAACAGAGAGAGAAAUACAUCCAAGAUGCCAGAUUGAAGCAUGUAAGACAACCCAAACUGACCGACAUGUCCGCUGCUGGAAUGAUGCAGACAAACUGGAAAUUUGUAGAGACACUGCUCCAGGAAAUCAAAAACAAGACAAAGCGUAUGCUGGUAGAGAAGAUGGGACACGAGGCAAUAGAACUAGGUCACGGGGACGCUAACAUUAAUGGUGUGGAGGAGAACACUAUGAUAGCCAGUCUGUGUGACAUGUUGGAGAGAAUCUGGUCCCACGGCCUGCAGUCCAAAAAGGGAAAAUCUGCACUUUGGUCACACCUGUUAAAUUACCUGGAGCUCCAAGACUGUAACUAUGGUAACCAGUGCCUGGACAGCAAUAGAUUGGCCCCACCAGAUCUGACUGUGAUGUCCCUGAGUCCAGAGGGCCUACAGGAUCAGCCUAGUCACAUAAAGACACACCGUCGUAAGGGAAGCACGGGGAGGAUAGAGCUACCAACCCUCAACCCAUUACCUAACUCCCUGGCUUAUGACAUGAGAAAAGUUCAGCAGAUGGUGGAUAUCAGAACAGAUGUUGGGCAUGCUCGAGCUUGGGUCAGACUUGCUCUUGAGAAAAAGAUGCUGGCAUCUCAUCUCAGGGAGCUUCUGUCUGAUGCAGAUUUACUCAGGAACUUGUACAAGAGAUAUGCCUUCCUGCGAUGUGAGGAUGAGAGAGAGCAGUUUUUGUUUCAUCUUCUUUCUCUGAAUGCUGUAGAUUACUUCUCAUAUACCAAUUCUUUUCUCAACACAGUGGUGCCAUACAAAGUGCUAAUUUUUCCUAGUCCUAAAUUUGGUUGUUCUACCACCAGUGCUAAUCCAUGGAUCAGCUUUGCUGGCCAGCACGGUGAGACAGGGGUCGUAGAAAUCCCUAAAGGUUGUCUGGAGUUUAAUGUAGAGCACAAGAACCUAGGGAUAUUGACAACUCUCCGUAUUGGACAUGACAACUCUGGUCUCACCCCACGCUGGCUUGUGGAAUAUGUUCUAGUCAGAAAUGAGUUAACAGGGCAUCUUUACAAAUUCCAAUGUGGCAGAUGGCUUGGUAAAAUGGUGGAUGAUGGCAGUACAGAAAGAUUAUUAGUGGCCCAGCUUCUUCCUCAACACUCAGAUACUUAUGAUUUAGACUUGGCAGUUGCUUCCUCACCUACAAAUAAAGGAAUGUCCCCAAACUCACCCAAGAGGUCACCUGAUCAAGGAUCUUUAAGAAUUCCAGAGAUUCAGGAGAGAUUAGGGCAUGCAGUUAAUAAUCUAGUCAAACACUUCUAUAAACCAGAAAAAGAGAGGGGGAAUUUGACCUACUUAUUGUGUGGGGACCAGGGCUUGGUUCAUUGUCUGGAGCUGGUAUUCCAGUACGGAUUCAGGUCAUCAAGAAUCUUUAGGAACAAAUUCUUCAUCUGGGACUACCUUGAAAAGGUAAAGCAACAUUUUGAGAGUGUGCUGACCGGUGAAGUGCGACAAGCCAUCACAGAUGGAGCUAAAGCCGGCUACUGGAUUUACUGUAACUUCCUCAGUAAAAUCAACAAUGCCACAGAGUCUGUGGGAAAGGACGGCAAAUUUCAGAUAUUUGUUUGUGUCGGUAUAAGGGAUCAUCUGUUGCAGAAGUUACUUCCCCUGAUUGCCAACACCCCAGUGACGGCCCAGAUGUAUGAGGAGAACUCCUUUCUGAGGAAUUACAGCCACAUUAACUACUUAGUACACAUACUCAGUACACUGGAGGAGUUCCAGAUCACCCUAGAGUCCUCCCUCCUCCGCGGAUUAGAUAUAUGAGAAAGAAAAUGGGGGAAGGGGGAAGGGGUAAAAAAGUUCUACCCACCAAUAUUUAUACAUCUUAUAUUCAAAUUAGUUUUGAAUUCCCAUUAAUUUCUUGCUAGGAUUUACGACAGCAAAACCUGUGAUUAUUUUGUUUUAUCUUUUUUUUUUCUUCCUUGUGUAAUUUGUUCACAUAUUAGGAUUUUUUCCUUUUUUGUUAUAGCUCAAAUUAAAACUAAGCAUGACAGUCCUUUACCAGUUUAGUAUGUCAUAUAUUUUUUUUUCGUCCUUGCCAUAU